AAGUUUGAGAGAGUCAAAUAUGAUUAUAUGAACUUCGACUUUACACAGAAAAGAAAAAAGUUUAGUAAUGUUUAGCGUAAGAAGCUGAUCUCUUAUCAUCUUUGUGUACUUGUGUUUUCUCUGUUUCUCUUACAAACAAACAACCAGAGAUCUCAUACAUGGCUCAGUCAACAGCCAACAAUAUGGUAAAGAAGCUUAUUCGAAUUGACGUAAGUUCAGACACGGUGUGUCCAUGGUGUUGUGUGGGCAAAAGAAAUCUUGACAAUGCUAUAGCUUCGUCAAGGAUCCACUAUGAUUUCAAGGUGGUAUGGCACCCUUUUUUCCUUGACCCGUCAGCCCCUACAGAAGGUGUUCCCAAAAAAGAUUUCUACAAAAGUAAGUUUGGAUCUCGAGCUGAUCAGCUGCAUUCACGAAUGACUGAGGUUUUUAAGAAUGUUGGACUAGAAUACAAUAUGUCCGGACUCACGGGAAAUAGUAUGGACAGCCAUAGGCUUAUUCAUUUGGCUGGUCAACAAGACCUUGGUAAACAACAUGAUCUUGUGGAGGAGUUGUUCCUUGGAUAUUUUACACAAGCGAAGUAUAUAGGUGACAGGCAAUUUCUUGUGGAGUGUGCAAAUAAAGUUGGAGUUGAAGGAGCAGCAGAAUUUCUUCAGGAUCCUGAUAAUGGAAAGAAGGAGGUUUAUGAGGAAAUCAAGAAGUAUUCAGCAAAUAUCGGCGGAGUUCCCUUGUACAAAAUCAAUGGAAAGCAGCAGUUAAGUGGUGCACAACCACCUGAGGUCUUUCUAAGAGCUUUUUCAGUGGCAGCCGCCGACAGUACCUAAAAUCUCUCUGGAUAAUCCAUCUCUCGUGAGGACACUAUUCUUUCUUGCUUUGGAUACUGUCUUCUAUUUGUCAAUAUGCUAAAUAAAGGGGCUGUAAUCUACCAUUAGUCUAAAUCUUUGUGUAAUGUGUAUUUAAUAGCGUCUGUAAAAUAAGCAUUCUGUAAUCUUUUUCCCUUUAGUAAAUGUGCAAUGGUAAUCAAAUUUGAAGAUAUUGUUCUUUUGGUUC